CUCGAAAAACCCUUGGCUUCGUGACAAACUCUUAAUCCCUUACAAAAGCAUAUACUUCAUUGCCAUGGUAAAAAAAUAGACACUAGAAGCUUUUCUUUCCGUGGAAUAUUAUUAUUUAUUAAUUGAGAAAUUGUAAAAUGAAGGUGGUGAAUGUGGUGCUGAGGCUGGCUUGGAUGCAGACGGUUCUUGGGAUUAGAGAAGCUCCAUUUUUGCACAGAAGAGCUUUGGUUGCUGUUGUUACCAUCUUAGAGAUUGUUCGUCCUGGCAUUUGGAACUUCUUCAGGUUGGAGAAUGAGCAUUUGAACAAUGUGGGGAAAUACAGAGCCUUCAAGUCUGUACCUUUGCCUUUUCAAGAAGUUGGAGGAAGCAAGAGCAUGUAA